AUGGCCAAUAAUAAUAAUAACAAGGACGAAUAUCAACAUUUGGAGGAAGAGGAAGAAUAUGUUCCAACCACCAAUGCUAUUGAACAACAACAGCAGCAAGCACACCAACAGCCUCAACCAACGGCGACCACCACCACCACUGGCAGCGUUACCUAUCAAUUACCUCCUCAACAAACAGGACAGCCUGUGCAAUACUUUUAUGUUGUUCAACCUCCUCCUGGUGCUUCAGAUCAACAACAACAAGGUGUUGGUCAACAACAACUCUAUUACCCCCAGGUCUACUAUCCUCAUUUGGUGAUGGGCCAACAACAACAACCAACCAGAUUGCCUCCACUUCCUCAAGUCUCUCAGCCACAACACGCCAAUAUGCCAAAUCAAAACAAUUAUGCCUAUCCAACAACAAAUGCGACUAUUCCAACAACCAUCAGUAAUACCACCCAAAUUCCAAUUACUCAGGAAUCCUAUGUCAAUGUUCAAGGAGUAGAGCCUAUUCUUAUUUUGAUUUGUAGCUUUUUGAUGCCUGGAUUGGGUCACCUCGUGAUGGGUCAACAAUCCAAGGGUGCCAUUUACUUUGGUGUAAACUUUGUCAUUGGUAUCAUUAUUGCUGCCACAGCAUGGAUCUUUGUUGGUUUGGCAUUCAUUCCAUUCGCGUUAAUUUAUGUCAUGCUGAUCAUGAUUGAUAGUUAUGUUCUUGCUGAUCGAUUGAAGAAGGGUUAUCCAGUUUUGAAAGGAGAAUGUUAUUUCAGAAUUACAUCAUGGGGAGUUUCAUUGUUGGAAAAGAAGUCUCCUGUCUUUGUUCAUGGAGUAGAUGAACCACUAGAAUGGCAACAAAAGUGUGAACAAGUGAGAAGACAAUUGAAUCUUUAA